AGCGGUCAACCAUAUCUUGCAAACAGAGAGGCAUGGAUUCCUUUGUGACAACACUGCGUCGAGCGAGAGUUAAACGCACAUACCUUUCACCAACAAGAAGACAUAAUCCACAACCUCUAGGAUUGGUUUACCAAUCUCCACUGCAUCCAAAUGCACCUUAUUUUGCGAUAUGGAAUCACGAGCCGACAUUCCGACAAACGAUAAGUCGUUUUCCCGAUCUUACGUCUCACCUUGGUAUGGUCAACUUCAGCAGUGGGGAGCUUCAAUCAGGAUGGCCAUGUGACAAUAACCGUGAACCACCUUUAAUCAAGUACAGCCUUCAAUCCACAAAUAGAUUCAGCUAUCAGAAUCCCAAUUCUAUCAACUCUUUGUUCCAAGCUGCUGGUGGGUUUCAGGGAACAAGCUGUCGUCCCACCGAUGGACCAGCGAGAGGAAUUGUUCCAAGAUUAUUCCCUGUCACCUCGAAGCCAGACAAACGAGCGUCUGUUAGAAAGAUUCGGUUUUUCAAAAAUCAAUCGAGGAAGAGGAAACCAUUGCUUACCAGCAAACUUUUUCCAUAUUCGCGGAUGAGAAGUUAUUUCAGGGAUGAAAUAAACGUGCAAUUAUUAAUGAGAUAUUGUAACAAUUUCAAUGGACAGUUAUAA